AAAUGGCGUAAUUGAGUGAUUGUUAUAUAGUAUCGGGUGUAAUGGAAGAUUACGCCCCACUCAACAAUAAUACUUAUUUUCCUUAUUCACGCAAUUAUUCAUUUUCAUCACUCAUUUAUCAUUUGAUAUUUAUUGUUUUGGCCCAAUAUUUAUGAUAUAUCCAAAUUAUAACACUUUUAUACUAGUUUUAUCGACUCUGUAAUAAUAUGGUUGGAAGCUAUAGGAAUUAUAGUAGGACCUCUAGAAAUCCCAAAAGACCCUUUGAAAAAGAAAGGUUGGAUCAAGAACUGAAAUUGAUCGGUGAGUAUGGUUUAAAGAACAAGCGUGAAGUCUGGAGAGUACAAUACGUACUUUCAAAAAUCAGAUCAGCAGCACGUUACCUACUAACUCUUGAUCCAAAAGAUAACAAACGUCUUUUUCAAGGUGAAGCUCUGUUGAGACGUAUGGUGAGAUAUGGGUUAAUGAAUGAAAAUGAACAAAAGUUGGAUUUCGUGUUGGGACUAACACUCUCAAAGCUGAUGGAGAGAAGGUUGCAAACUAAGGUGUUUAAGCUGGGUCUGGCCAAGUCAAUUCACCACGCACGUUGUUUAAUCAGGCAACGCCACAUCUGCGUUCAUAGGCAAUUGGUGGAUAUUCCAUCAUUCCUUGUCAGAGUUGAUUCUGAGAAGCACAUUGAACUGGCAUUAACAUCGCCGUACGCUGGAGCAAGACCCGGAAGAGUUAGGAGGAAAACACUAAGAUUACAAAAAGGAGGUGAACAAUCAGAAGAGUGAUUUUCGUCGUCCUAGUACACUUUUUUACUACCUAAUACUGAUACUAUAAUAA